CACAGUUAAAGUCAAAAAUCAAGAAAAAACGUAAGUUUGGUGGCUGCGAGUGGCCCGGGCCGAGAACGUGAGGCGCGGGGCGGCGGUCAAUGUUAUUUGAGCGGGGGCCACGGGCCUCGGCGAUCGCAGAGCAGAGGAUGCAGAAAGCCGCCUACUACGACAACGCGGGGCUCUUCGGGGGCUACACCUACAGCAAGGCCGACGCCUACCCCUACGGCGCGGCCCACCAGCCCUACGGCCAGGCCGGCCUGGACGGCGAGUACCCCGGCUCCGCCUGCUCCGUGCAGGGCUCGGCGCCCGGCCGCGCUCCGGCCCACAAGGGCAGCGAGCUGAGCGGGAGCUGCAUGCGGCCGGGCGGGGGCGGCCCCGGGGGCAGCCAGCCCCCAGGGAUCGGCGAGCAUCAGCCCCCGGCCCUGCCGCCCUCCUCCCCGCCCAACCCCCCUCCCAGUGUGCCCCCUCCGAAAAAAGCCAAGGGGGGCCCCAACUCCUCGGGCUCGGCCAGCACCACCCUCAGCAAGCAGAUAUUUCCUUGGAUGAAGGAGUCCCGGCAGAACUCCAAGCAGAAAAGCACCUGCGCCCCCUCAGGAGAGAGCUGCGAGGACAAGAGCCCCCCCGGGCCGGCCUCCAAGAGGGUGCGAACAGCGUACACCAGCGCGCAGCUGGUGGAGCUGGAGAAGGAGUUCCACUUCAAUCGCUACCUGUGCCGGCCGCGCCGCGUGGAGAUGGCCAACCUCCUGAACCUGACCGAGCGGCAGAUCAAGAUCUGGUUCCAGAACCGCCGGAUGAAGUACAAAAAGGACCAAAAAGCCAAAGGCAUCAUGCACUCCCCCGUCGGACAGUCCCCGGACCGCAGCCCCCCUCUAAGCGGCCCAAACCACGUCGGCUACUCCAGCCAGCUCCCCGGCGUCAACAGCCUGAGCUACGACGCGCCCUCGCCCACCUCGUUCGCCAAGUCGCAGCAGAGCAUGUACGGGCUGGCCGCCUACACGGCGCCGCUCAGCAGCUGCCUGCCGCAGCAGAAGCGCUACGCGGGCGCGGAGUACGACCCCCACCCCAUGCAGAGCGGCGGCGGCGGCUUCGCCAACCCCAGCCUGCAGGGCAGCCCCGUCUACGUGGGGGGCAACUUCGUGGACUCCAUGCCGGCCUCGGGCCCCAUGUUCAACCUGGGGCACCUGCAGCACCCCUCCUCCGCCAGCGUGGACUACAGCUGCGCCGCCCAGAUCCCCGGCGGCCACCACCACGGACCUUGCGACCCCCACCCCACCUACACGGACCUUUCCUCUCACCACACCUCUCAGGGACGGAUGCAGGAGGCGCCCAAGCUCACGCAUCUGUAGCGGGGCGGCGGCCAGCGGGCUCCGCUCCCCUCUCCAUUACCUCACUUUUCUGACGGGACAGUGUUACUGUGCUCUCGAGUGCCAACAGUAUUAGUGGAUUUGUCUCCCUUAGCAGCUCCCUUCUUUCUUCCGC